CUAAUUGAAUUUUACAGUUAGUUUAUUCUAGACCUGUUUUUUACCAUUUUCUACUAAUAAAUUAAUCUAACACAAUGUCUAAUGUGGAUCCAUUCGCAAAGAUUGACAUGUCAUUAGAUGACAUAAUCAAGCUCAAUAAAAAAGAGAAGAAAAAGAACGCUGCUGCUGCCCAGAAGGCAAAAAAUCCAGCUCCGAAGAAAUUGACUGCAGCCCAACGCAGACGAGCUGAAUCUUUGAAAUUAAAAGCCAGAAAUACAAGAAUAAACAAAUUGAGGCAACAGAAAGGUCAAAAGGUACAGACAACCAAAAAUGCUUCGUCAUUUGGAACAGCGACACAGAGACCGAGAAGAAAUGCUGCAAAAAAGAAUAUUCGAAGCAAAAAUAAUGUUGGAAUGACAAGAGGAGGGAGAGUAAACCCUGCGAAGCAACAGCAGUUUAGACAACAGAGAAAGAAUCAAAUAGCAAACAGAGGUGUGAAUAAUAAACAGGGGCCACAACAACAAAGAGGACCAGUCAGAUUUCCUAAAAUUGCAGGCAGGCCAUCUAUUAAGGAUAGACUCGGUGCCAGGCUUAAUAUCAGAAAAAACAAUCAAAGACAAAAACGCCAGCAAAUGACAAAUAGAAACAGACAAGGACUGGUCCCUGUUCAGGCAUCUAAGAGGGGUGGAAAACGACACGGUGGACCAACAAAUUUCUCUCGACGACAAAAUUUUAAUGAAUCAGGAAGAAAUCAAAUGACACAAUCAAUAAAUAGGCAAUACAAUCAGCAACCAAGGCGGACGGCAGGACAACAGACGAGGGGUCGUGGUGCCGGGAGGCAAAAUCAAAGAAACAACAACAAUAAGUCUUCAACAAACAACAGAUCUUUGCCAAAUUUCAAUAAUAAAAGAGGAAGAGGUGGUGGACGUGGACGAGGCAGAGCCGCAAAUCAGCGAAAAGUUACAUUAUAUUGAUCCGUUGUAAUCUGAUUCCGUCAGCUGACCUACCAAUGCUAGUAGUUCGUGCACACUGUAUAGUACAGUAUUCGAAAUGUAAAUGAAUGAAUGAACGAAUAACUUAAAGUAGUAUAUUUCACAAUUCUUGUUUUUACGUUUUUAGUGGUCAUGUCCUUUUCAUUGCAAUAAAUUC